UUGAGGGAGCUUAAAUGUAGGCCGAUUUCAGACACGGCAUGAUAAAUGACAACACGUUGUAUGAUAUUGAAUAUAAUUCGGCUUAUUUGAAUAAGAUAUAUGUUGAAUUGAAUUACGCUGGCUAUAUAAUACAUGUAUAUUUAUCUAACUGAAUUGCAUGUAAUCGGUGCAUGACGCUGUACUAGUACCGUUUCCUCGCAAGCUAACAUUGUUAGCCAGCUGGCUACGUUAACCUAGCUAGUUAGCCAUUAAUCUAUUGUGGACGCGCGGUUUUGUUUUGUAAUUGAUGUGUUGCGAAAAUUCCCCAUUUCAAGUGAUGGUGUGCAUCUGACUUGUAUUCGAUUCCUAUUUAAAGGUGUAUAUAAUGUUAAUGUGAAGCAGAAGCGGCGACAGAUUGAAUGAAUGUGACAAUAUGGCGACUCCCAGAGAAGCAUGAAAAUAGCAAUCCACAGUAAACAGGGGUCUAAUUACAAAUGCUUUACGAGUAUUUAAUUGUGGUAGACUUCAUCCACAGAUUUUCCAAUAUGACUUUAGUGGGACAUGGCUGGUGUACGUUCUUGAUGAAGCAGUAGCUAAAUUAAGGUUUAAUCUAACACCGGUAUUAUUUGUCUUUUUCAUUUGUAUUCUCUUCCGCCAUUUUUCAGACUGGCGGAGGUUUGUUUGGUUGUUACAAGAUGGCGGCUCCCAUGGAGUGGCACUCUGAUUACUUCAGAGUUUUAACUGCAAAAUGCUACGGCAAAAAAACAUGACAUUUAGAAGGAAAUACAAUACACCUUUGUUAUAGGUUAGGUUCUGGUGUCGAAUACAUAUUUAUAAUUAUAUUUAGUUAGUAUUGUGGUAAUAAUAGCCGGCUUUUCCUUUUUGUGAAGCGUUAGUAAAAAUGGCUGCUUCCCUGGAGUUUACAAUUACAAUAUUAUUUUUCACAUGCAUCGGUUUUGGUCCCAGCAAUCGAUUGCACGUGCAGUCUUCACUUUGCAAAAUGUGUUUUGGCUUCACUUCGGAAGUAUCAACAAUAGACCUGAUCAGAACUUGUCAAUAUUGUUUUGGAAUGCUCUUUUAGCUCUGUUUUUUUCCCCAUCUGAAGAGGACAUGACAUUUCCUGGUUCAAUGGUGUCUGGGACCACAGGCUCAACUCUGCAGCCACGAUGGAAGCGGGUUCUAGGAUGGUCUGGGCCUGUGCCCCGGCCAAGACAUGGUCACAGAGCCGUUUCUAUAAAGGAAUUGAUGGUGGUUUUUGGAGGAGGAAAUGAAGGAAUUGUGGAUGAAUUGCAUGUCUACAACACAGCAACAAACCAAUGGUUUAUCCCUGCGGUUCGUGGUGAUAUUCCCCCUGGAUGUGCUGCAUACGGUUUUGUUUGUGAUGGCACCCGGCUUCUGGUUUUUGGUGGAAUGGUGGAAUAUGGAAAAUACAGCAACGAUCUCUAUGAGCUACAGGCCAGCAGAUGGGAAUGGAAAAAGUUGAAAGCUAAGUCUCCCAAAAAUGGCCCACCUCCCUGUGCUCGACUUGGUCACAGUUUCUCUCUGGUGGGCAACAAGUGCUUCCUGUUUGGAGGGCUGGCUAAUGACAGCGAGGACCCCAAAAACAACAUCCCUAGAUACCUGAAUGAUCUGUACACCCUGGAGCUUCGUGCUGGCUCCAGUGUUGUAGGCUGGGAUAUACCAAUUACUUAUGGCGUUUUGCCGCCACCUCGCGAGAGCCACACUGCUGUAGUGUACACAGAAAAGGAGAGCAAGAAAUCUCACCUUAUCAUCUAUGGAGGGAUGAGUGGCUGUCGUCUGGGAGAUCUAUGGACUCUUGACAUUGACACCCUGACCUGGACCAAGCCAUCGGUGAAUGGCACAUCGCCUCUGCCCAGGAGUCUCCACUCUGCCAUCACCAUCACAAACAAGAUGUUUGUUUUUGGGGGAUGGGUCCCCCUAGUUAUGGAUGACGUGAAGGUGGCAACACAUGAGAAAGAAUGGAAGUGCACAAACACUCUGGCCUGCCUAAAUCUUGACUCCAUGGCUUGGGAAUCAGUGUUGAUGGAUACCUUGGAGGAUAAUAUCCCCAGGGCCCGGGCAGGACAUUGUUCUGUGUCCAUCAACUCUAGGUUGUAUGUCUGGAGUGGCCGUGACGGUUACCGUAAAGCAUGGAACAACCAAGUCUGCUGUAAAGACCUCUGGUACCUUGAGACAGAGAGGCCACACGCUCCCUCGAGAGUGCAGCUUGUCCGUGCCAACACCAACUCCCUGGAGGUGAGCUGGGGCGCUGUGUCCACUGCAGACACCUACCUGCUGCAGCUGCAGAAGUACGACAUCCCAGCUGCCGCUGCUGCCACCUCCCCGGCCCUCACCGCCACCUCUUCUCUACCAGGGAACUUGCCCAAAAGCCCAGCGGCUCCCUCUGCUCAGAACCUACCACACACAGCCAUCUUGAAGGUUGCAGCCCCUCAGUCUGGCACAGGUACCUCCCUUGUCACUGUGCGAGCCAACCAGGCUGUGAAAUCCCCUGUCACUGUGACAUCACUUCCUCCAGGGGUUCGGAUGAUGGUUCCUGCCCAGACUGCCCAAGGAACGCCAAUCGGCAAUAGCCCUCAGAUGAGUGGCAUGGCAGCUUUGGCUGCAGCUGCAGCAGCAACACAAAAGAUCCCGCCCUCUUCAGGCACUGGGCUCAACCUUCCAGCAGGUGCCACCCUUGUCAAAACGAUGGCUGUCUCCCCUGGCUCCACCACAGUCAAAAUGUCAUCUCCUCUCAUGGUCAGUAACCCAGCCACUCGCAUGCUGAAGACUGCUGCAGCUCAGGUGGGCACAGCGACUGUAUCAUCGCCCAACCGACCCAUCAUCACUGUGCACAAGUCAGGCACGGUCACCGUAGCCCAGCAACACCAGGUGGUUACCACCAUGGUGGGAGGAGUCACCAAGACAAUCACCCUGGUCAAGAGCCCCCUUACUAUGGGAGGCAGCGGCACUCUGCAGAUCUCCAGCCUUGGCAAGAUGAUAUCUGUGGUACAAACCAAGCCAGUGCAGACAUCAGCUGUUACAGGCCAGGCUUCCACUAACCCUCUAUCACAGCUCAUACAGACUAAGGGUUCUCUCCCUGCUGGCACCAUACUGAAGCUGGUGACUUCAGCAGAUGGCAAGCCCACCACCAUCAUCACCACGUCCCAGGCAGGGGGCACAGGGAACAAACCCACCAUCCUGAACAUCAGCAGCAUGUCGCCCACCACAACCAAACAGGGCACCACCAUCAUCAAGACCAUCCCUAUGUCUGCUAUUAUGAACCAGCCUGGAGCCACAGUGACCAGCAGCACAGGGAAGAUGCCCUAUACCAUUCUCACCACCAAGAUGAUGACCACUGGCACUCCAGGCAAAAUCAUCACUACCAUGCCUAAGCUUGGCACUGUAACUGGCCAACAGGGGCUGACACAGGUGGUUUUGAAGGGCGCUCCGGGCCAACCUGGCACCAUUCUGCGCACUGUACCCAUGGGUGGAGUCCGACUCGUCACCCCGGUUACGAUGACUUCUGUCAAGCCCAAUGUAACUACACUGGUCGUCAAGGGAACAACUGGUGUCACCACCCUGGGGACAGUCACAGGCACAGUCUCCUCCAGCCUGGCAGGGGGCAGUUUAGCCAGUGCCAAUGCCUCUCUGGCAACUCCCAUCACCACCCUGGGCACCAUUGCCACCCUGCCCAGCCAAGUCAUCAACCCUACGGCCAUCACUGUGUCAGCGGCCCAGGCCUGUCUGACCACAGUCACUACCCUGUCCACCUCCACCAUGUCGGUGAACCAGCCAACCCAGGUGACUCUCAUCACCACCCCCAGCGGGGUUGAGGCCCAGCCAGUGCAGGACCUGCCUGUGUCCUUCCUGGCCUCACCCACCUCUGAGCAUCCCUCCACUGAGGCCGGGGAUGCCCCUGGUACUGUCACUAUGGUCUGCUCCAACCCACCCUGUGAGACCCACGAGACAGGAACCACCAACACAGCCACCACUGCGUCUGCUAACAUGUCAGUCUGCUCCAACCCUCCCUGUGAGACCCACGAGACUGGAACCACCAACACAGCCACCACUGCGUCUGCUAACAUGUCAGUCUGCUCCAACCCUCCCUGUGAGACCCACGAGACUGGAACCACCAACACAGCCACCACUGCGUCUGCUAACAUGUCAGUCUGCUCCAACCCUCCCUGUGAGACCCACGAGACUGGAACCACCAACACAGCCACCACUGCGUCUGCUAACAUGUCAGUCUGCUCCAACCCUCCCUGUGAGACCCACGAGACUGGAACCACCAACACAGCCACCACUGCGUCUGCUAACAUGUCAGUCUGCUCCAACCCUCCCUGUGAGACCCACGAGACUGGAACCACCAACACAGCCACCACUGCGUCUGCUAACAUGUCAGUCUGCUCCAACCCUCCCUGUGAGAUCCACGAGACUGGAACCACCAACACCGCAACAACCUCUUCCACCAACAUGGGAGGGGCCAUGAGGGCAACCACCUCUGCUUACCCCGGAACCGCCACAGGCAACCAGGGACCAGAGAACCUGCGCACCGGAACCACCGUCGCCCCCGCCACAGCACGCUCUAACAUGUGCUCAGCCCAGACCGGCACUGUGCAGAGUCCCAAGCAGCCAGCCGUGGGCCUUACAGUUUGCUCUAACCCACCCUGCGAGACACAUGAAACGGGCACAACCAACACUGCCACUCAGUCCUCGUCCGGCAUGGGUAACGGGAAGACCAACACUGUGCAGAAAGUGUGCUCAAAUCCACCCUGCGAGACCCACGAAACGGGGACCACCAUCACCCCAUCCCAGGCCAGUUCCAACAUGGCUGGGAACCAGACAGGAACAGUGACGGUGCAGGGGGUGUGUUCAGACCCCCCCUGUGAAACCCACGAGACUGGCACCACCAACACGGCAACUACUGCCACAGCAGAUGGAGCAGACGGUGGCACCAGCAGUACAGAGACUCCCUCCACUACUGCAUCAGGAACAACCCCAGCCACCAUCCAGAGCAGAGCGAUCACUACUGUGACCCAGUCCACACCAGCCCCAGGGCCCUCAGUACCUUCCAUUUCUUCGAUCACUGAGGGUGCAGCAGUUUCCACAGAAGAGCCCAUGCAGACUGAUGCGGCCACAGAGGGGGGAGACACCGCUAUGGAGACUGGGCUGCCCCCAGAGCUGAUGUCAGAGGGACAGAUAGGAACAGGUCUGUCUGCAGAGGUGCUGGCUGUGACUGCAGCAGCGGAGGCAGCAGCACAGGCUGCAGCCACUGAGGAGGCCCAGGCCCGGGCCAUCCAGGCAGUUCUCCAGGCAGCACAGCAGGCCACCAUGAACGAGGGUGAUUCUGGCUCGGACAGACAGCAGACCACCACAAUCCCCAUCGUUCUGACCCAGCAAGAGCUGGCAGCCCUGGUCCAGCAGCAGCAGCAGCUCCAGGAAGCUCAGGCCCAGGCUCAGGCCCAGCAGCAAGGACACGCCCAAGCCCUGCCCACUGAGGGCCUGGCCCCCGCAGACAGCCUGAAUGACCCCACGUCUGAGAGCAAUGGACACAAUGAGAUGGCUGCAGCCGCUUCCAGCGAUGUGGCAUCACUGCUGCCGCGCACCUCCACGGAGACCCUGGCCCCCUCAAGCACAUUUGCUGUUUCCAGUCCAGCCAACCUGCAACCUGCAGCUUCUCUAGCAGAGGUGGCCAAUGGCAUCGAGGGCGGGAAGCUAUACCCUCAACCAGCCCCUAUCAAGACACUUGUAAAAAAAGAGAACCAGUGGUUCGAUGUUGGAAUCGUUAAGGUGACAAACAUGGUGGUCACACACUUCUUCAUCCCAGGGGAUGAUUCUCAAGUAGAGGGUGACUCGGGCGUCAUUCCAGACUAUAACCAGAUGAAGAAAAUGGAGCUGCAGCCUGGCACAGCUUACAAGUUCCGUGUUGCUGGCAUCAAUGCUUGUGGUCGUGGUUCCUUCUCAGAGAUCUCUGCUUUCAAGACCUGUCUACCAGGCUUCCCCGGAGCACCUUGUGCCAUCAAAAUCAGCAAGAGCCCGGAUGGUGCCCACCUCACCUGGGAGCCUCCUUCGGUGACAUCAGGGAAGAUCAUUGAGUAUUCUGUGUACCUGGCCAUCCAAAGCACCCAGACAGCUGAGCCCAAGACCUCCACCCCAGGCCAGCUGGCCUUCAUGCGGGUGUACUGUGGGCCCAACCCCUCCUGCCUGGUGCAGUCCACCAGCCUUUCGAACGCCCACAUAGACUACACCACCAAGCCCGCCAUCAUCUUUCGUAUUGCCGCGCGCAACGAGAAGGGCUAUGGCCCUGCCACACAAGUCCGAUGGCUACAAGAGUCCAGCAAAGAUGGUGCCUCGGCAAAACCUGCCCCAAAAAGACCAGCAGUGUCCUCACCUGAUGUUAAGGCUGCUGGUCAAAAGAAAGCAAGAACGGACCAGUGAGAUGGCCCAGAUGGACCCCCCCCCUACUCGCUGUCCUUUUUGACCAGGAAGACUUCAUCCUCAUCCUGGCUUCACCCCAUCUGCGAGUUGACCCACAACCAGCCAGCAACAUAAGCAAAAUGGCAGCAGAAACCCUAGAUGAAAAUCAACAAGAGAGAGAGUUCUGUAGGCAAGACUGUUUUUUUUUCUUCUAGAGCAACACAAAUUAAAAAAGCACAUUGUAGCUUUUACUUCAUUAGUCUUUUUUGUUUAUUUUCUUUGCUUUCCCCCUAGCUACUUUUAUUAUACAUAUUUUUGGCUAGUUUCCGUAGUUGUAGAGAAACAUUUACAGCAUCACAAGCUGUGAGCCGGCCUGAGCUUAAUGUUACUUUUGUUUUUGAAUAUUUGGGGGUAGUAGAGAGAGAGACUACAUGAGAUGAUGUACAGUUUGAGCAUGUGCUGAACAGGAGGCAGUGUUGGUUUAGAUGGGAGGAAUAAUCAAAACGUAAAAACAAAGCACUUUUCCUCAAAAGGGACAUUUUUUUCCCCCUCAAGCAGAAAUGUUCUUCAAUUAAGAAACCAAUAUAUACAAACAUCAUACUGGGCUCGUCUCCUGGUAAUAUCAUCACUGUGCUUUUGCCCCGAGAUAAGGACUGAUGGCUCUGAAGUGGAGAACGGAUUUAAUGACAAAGGAAGACAUUUGUAGAGGAACAGAGACUUUGCUACGACUGAGACUUGCAGCAUACACACAACAAAUAUUGCAAAAUCUUCCCCAAAAAUUUGCAAGCAAUGAUGCAGAUCUUUGCGUAGUUUAUUUUUCUAUUUUUUUUUAAGCUUUUCCCUGUGUCUAUCACCAUGCAUUUUAAAACAUCAACUACUUUUAUUUUUUUAGUUCAUAAUUGUUCAUCCCCAUAGUUUAAGUGUUUGUGGGAAAGGGGUGGCAGUGCUGAGGUAGACACUAUAUUUUAAAAUAUUGGUUUUGAUCAGUUGUAUGUUCUUGUUGUGUUGGAGUGUAUGGAAAAAAUAAAGGCUUUUGUAUUUGUGCUGACUAGGACCGCAAAUGUAAUAGGACUGAAGGGAAUUUGAAACAGACCCGCGGAGAGGAGUACAUUUAGUUUACUACAUCUUCCAAUGCUUGUGUUGCUGUGUGUAUGCCAAACAUGGACAAUUUAAUGAAGAAAAAAAAUUUCAGUCCCACAUUCCUUCCUUCCCACCCCAAUACACCACCUUUCCAAUCAGUAAUCUGUAUACGCUCUGCUUUUGGGGUCAUUAAUUUGAGUACCCUACAUUUAUUUUAGACCAAGAAAGAAUAUAUUUGGAGACUUUUGUUCCUUAUACUGUUGAGGAAGAUGUAUGUGAAACCAACAAAUAAAACAUGUAUUACAUUUUUUUUAGGCUCUGUAUUUUACCAAUUACAGAAGGGAGAUGUGCAGGUUAUUUCUGAGAAGUUUACCUGUAUAUCUUUAAAUUGAGAUGUCUUGGUGGGAAGGAAGAUGAAUAGCCAGAGUUUAAACUCACUUGUAAAUUAGUUCUUCCAUAGCAAGAAUAAAAUAUAUUGGCCUUUUAUACAAUUACCUGUACCAAAAAGUUUUUACAUGUUGGUCAUCUCUCGAUUGCCUUUUGUGUCAUGACUUAUAUAUAUUAAAAAAACCUGGUGUGUGUGUAUAUAUAUGUCUCCCUGAUCAAUUGCUAUGACUUGCUUUGUUAAACCGAUUUGCUCAAAAUCACAUCAAGGUGCAUUACCAGUACCAAAAUAUUUGUAUUCAGGAUCAAUCAACCCAUGGAGUUUUAUAGCGAGGGAAGUCUUGGAGUGGUAAUGAUAGUUUUCAGAAUGGAAAUAUCCAGAUUGGGUAAUGAAGCCAAGGGUGAACUUGCUACCUCUCUUAGGAUUGUAGUACUUGCACCUUGAUUUCAAGUCUCCAGAUUUACUUCAAUAAUGAAAACCCUAUUUCAUAUACAUCCAUGAUUUUGAGCAAAACUUGACAUGCAUGCAACCAAAGAUAAAAAAUAAAAAACUUGUUUGUUCCUUUC